UUACAAUAUUUACAUGGUUAAAUAAUAUUAUCCCCACUCCCCAGUCCACAGGAACCAGACCAACAACGGACAAAGUGACAAACCCCAACGGCCGAUUCACCCAACAGCUGCCUUCGGAGCGAACCCCUUUUCGUUUUUGGCGCUCAUUUUAGACCGUAUUUUGCUUAUGGUCCCGUAGACUGUAGACCGUAAUACGUUAUUCAGAUAAAUUGUUCCGUGUCAAUGCAAAUUAGACGGUUAAUUUUAUUGCAAUAAUUUUUUUUUCAUUUCAUAUUGGGUAACAAGCGUGUAUUUUUAUUUCAUUCUUUUUUUAAACUUGUUAGCCAGUUUAUUCUUCUAUAUUUAUUUUAUUUAUAUCCGAUUUACCCAAUACCGGACCAGUUCAAUUAUGUCGUUUGUAAAGAGCAAAAUCAAGCGGUUUAACGAAGUCUCGAGUUGUGCACCACCACCUGGUACAUAUGAUCCAAAAAGUCCAUGUCCAAAACUUAUUAAAGGUUCUAAAUUUGACAAAGCAGAGAGAUUUAAAGAACCUUCUGUCCCACAAACUGCCAAAAAAAUUGUAAAAGUUAACUCAACAUUUAAAAUUGGAUCUAAUUUCAGUUCGCAAAGUUCAGUUUACACAGAAUGUUCUAAAAAAUCUAACAAAACUGUAGAAUCUAAUUCAACAAGAAUUGGUUCAACAAAAAUAAGAGCUAAACGUCUUUUAGAAUUGAAAAAAUUAGAUUCUAACCUUACUAAAGCUCUUGUUGACAUUGAAAAACUAGAUGAUUCUAAAAGUACCACUGACACGUGUAAAGACUACAUUAAUACAUGUCGCAGUGCUUGCUCAGAGGCAUUGGAAAACCGUGUGUGUAGAAUGGUCAUUGAAAACUCUCAAGCUGCUUUAUAUGCAGUUUGCCAUCGUUUACGCGAAACAUGCAAACAUAAUGAAAUUUUACAGAAUGAAACUGCACGUUUGCGAGAAGAAAUUGGUGAAAAAAAAUCCUUUGAACAAUUGGCCGCUGAUCAAAUUGCCAUUGUUGAACAUAAACUUACUGAAAAAGUUAAUGAUUAUAUGAAGAUAUCUGAGGCAGUCAAAGAUAAAUGGUUAACUAAAAUGAGAUAUAUUUUGGUUGCUCUGGAUGAAUUAGAAUCUAUGGUUGAUGGUGAAGUAAAAGAAAUUAUUCAAAAACUUAAACUGGACAUUGAAAAUACAGAUCCAGAAGGUCCAAACUACAAACAACUUUUAGAGAAAUAUGAGAAGACACUUGACAGAAACAUUCAACUUGAAGAAAUUGCUAAAAAACAUGACGAUUUAGAAAGAAAAAUAAUUGAUUUGACAAAUGAAAAAAAUGCAUUGGCAGCUAAAUUACAAAUAAAUAAACUCAAGACAACUGGUUUAUCGAAGAACCGUUUAGAUGCUUUGGCCACACCUCGCAGACGUGUUGAUGCUGAGAAUAUUGCCCCCAAAAAUAAAACUUAUGUACUUAAAAAUAAUACUUUAAACACUGUGAAACCAGUUGCUCAGUCUUCUCCAUUGAGGGAAAUGAACUGGUAAUUUAGGUUUAAAUGUGUUAUUUUGUAUUAAAUAUUAAUUGUAUCUUUCUUUUUUAUUUUAUUGAUUUUUUUCCGCCAAAUAAUUUAUGUUACUCAAUUACUUAAUUUACUCUGUUACUUAAUUUAUUUUAAGUUUUUAUGUACCUAUAUUUUUUUUACACUUAGUAUAGAAUUAAUAUUUGAUAUUUGACUGAUUAUAAGUAAAUUGAUUAAAUUAUAUUCUAGUUUCCAAUAUAAAUAUUACAACUUUUAUACAUUACAACCAAUUUUCAACUUUUUUACUAUGAAUAUUUAAAUAAUAAGUUUAUGACAUAAAAAUUAAAUAUUGAUCCUUUUAAGUUGUAAUAGUGAAUUAUGGAUAUUGAUUUUUUGAAACUAUAAAUUUUUUUUUAAAGAUUUUUGAAAUCAUGUAUGUUAGUUAAAAUGCUAUAGACUUAUUAAUGACAACCUAUAUUUUAAAUUGUAUAAUCUUUUGUACUGACCACCCUUACAAUUUUUUGAAAUCUCAUUAUUUUUGUUAAAUAUAUGUGGUAAUCUAUUUUAUGUGUAAACUUAUUACAGCUAUUAUUAAAUAUAAUGUUUGUGAAAUAAAACCGUGCAGGUACUGCCAUUCGACCGGUUAAA